AGAGUAUAAAGCAGUUAUUCUGUAUUCUUUACCAUGGCAAAUAUCACCAUAUAUAUUUUGCAUUAUUUAAAGGCAAUUUUACUAACAUAAAAAGGGUUAAUAAAACUACAGUGAAAGUUAUUUCUACUUCCCUUGAUGUGAAGAUGAUGUGAUACCUUUCAAAUUUCACCACCUCUUAAACACAAGUUUUUGGCAACUUGUUUGAGCUUUAAGGGCAAUAUAUGACCAUGAGCUAAAAUCCAGGAAGUACAGGACAGAAAACGGUUAAGAAUUUUUUAUUUGAUUUGUUGUUUUGUCUGCAGCCCCCUCCCACAAUUCUGGAUUAGAGUGUCACUGAGGGCCACGGCCGUUAUAAAUAGCCCUGUGGCCUCUCUCUUCCACAUCAGAGAGGCUGAAUGUCUGCAGGACAUGCUCUUAUUUUGUCUACCCAUGUCCUUUAUUUAAAAAUUACCUAGAACUUUUACAUAGAUGCAGAGAUCACCUGACAGUUUCCCCACGUAAGGUUUUAUUACAAAACCACAAGUCAGAAAUCAACAGGACAGAUGAUUUCAAUCUUGUGAUGCAGUGCCGUUCUCCACGAAAACGUAUCUGUAGGUUAGAGAGGCAUUUAUGCUCCGUGUUUGAUCGCUUAUAAGCCUUUGUUUUUUGUGUCCAUUCACAAAAAAUCAAAGGUACCGCAGGUGAUUUUAGACAAAUCUCUUUUGGUUACUAUAAAUUCACAUCCCUCCAUUUUUUUUGUGGUCGCCUCUAAAUUAUCACAGCCAUGUGGGAGUUCCGGUCCAUGUCUUUUUGGCGGGCUGUGUUUGCCGAGUUCUAUGGCACAAUGUUCUUUGUAUUCUUUGGACUGGGAGCAGCUCUGCGCUGGACCACUGGACCACACAAUGUGCUCCAAGUUGCCUUUUGCUUCGGGCUAGCAGCUGCCACACUCAUCCAGUCCAUUGGCCACAUCAGCGGUGGUCACAUCAACCCAGCGGUCACAUUUGCCUACCUGAUCAGCUCCCAGAUGUCCCUGUUUCGCGCUUUCUUCUACAUCUGUGCUCAGUGCUUGGGUGCUUUAGCUGGAGCUGCUGUGCUGUAUGGGGUCACACCAAACAAUAUGAGAGGCAAUCUGGCCCUCAACAAGCUUCAGCCAGGCAUCAGUCUGGGAAUGGCCACUACCAUAGAGAUAUUCCUGACUAUGCAACUUGUGAUCUGCGUCUUUGCUGUGACAGAUGAGAGGCGAAACGGGCGACUGGGCUCUGCUGCCCUGUCCAUUGGCUUCUCAGUGCUUCUGGGCCACCUGCUGGGGAUGUAUUACACUGGAGCUGGAAUGAACCCUGCUAGGUCUUUUGCCCCUGCUAUGCUCGUUAGGAACUUCAUUAACCAUUGGGUGUACUGGGUGGGCCCCUUGAUCGGCGGUGCUGUGGGUGCUCUGCUGUAUGAUUUCAUGCUCUUUCCACGUAUGCGUGGUCCGUCUGAACGACUGGCCAUACUUAAGGGCAAUCGGCCUCCUGAGGCUGAAGCGCAACAGGAGACCAGAGGGGAGCCCAUUGAGCUCAAAACACAAGCCCAAUAAACACUGCCAGGAAACGUUGGAUCCCUUAUGAAGAACAAGCAAUAAUUACACACACCUUAUCUCAACACACCAUCAACAUACUAACUGUAAUCCAAAACAUAAAUCCAUUGGAGAAAUCAAGCACACUUCCAAAGGCAAUCAAGACACUAGAACCCCUUCAGAAAGACUAAGAAUUAUAGGAUAAGAAAAGGAACUGAGGACUGCACUCUGUACCAGCAGGUAUAGAGAGCGAGUUAGUGCCUGCUGAUCAGGUUGCUAACACCGCUCAGGCCAAGGGCUUCUCUGUCAUUUCUAGUCUACUAUGAGUGAAUUACACUAGAAGUGGACUUAUGCAUAACUUUUUAGUUUCACAGGGUUUAAAAUUACACAUUUUAUUUCAGGUUUUUUUUAUUAUUAUUAUUUUCUUUGAUAUUUCAGCAACAUGACAUGUGUAUGAUAUUAUUAGCAUUUUGCAACGGUUUACUUUUCAUUCUACUUAAAGUCUACUUUACAUUACUCAGUCGUGUGUGUGUGCGCGCGCGCAUGUGCGUGGUGUGUGUGUGUUUUUCCGACAGUUUCCAGUUUGGCUCUAAAAUUUCCAUCACUCACCAUGUGCUUGUAAAAAUGCAAUGUUCCUUUUUCUAUCUCACAAAAUUAAAAAAGCAUUCCUUCCUUUUAAUCCUUGGUUUAGGAAGAUGUUGAUUUACAGCUAAAAGUGACAAAUCAUUUGGGAAUUUGGAAUUUGUUUCAAACUGUUGUAUUGUUGAACUAUGGCCUAAUGGCCCAGGAUGUUUCUUUAAAAGACACAUGGUUUCACCAUCAUUCAUUAAACAUAAUAAAUAUACAAAACAAAA